CAGCGCGCAUCUCUUCCACUUUGACCUCACAGUUAAUUUGCUGCGUGAUAAUCACGCAAAGCCUUUAGUGAGUUUUUUUCUCUUUUUUAAACACACACACACACACACACACACACACACACACACACACACACAGUUUUAAAAGAAAGAAAGAAAGAAAGAAAGAAAGAAAGAAAGAAAGAAAGAAAGAAAGAGCUAAAACAUAAACCUAAAACAAUGGACCUGGGGGAGUUCGCGUGAGUGUGAGCAUCGUGAUUAUGCGCGCUUUUCUUUCUCUCCCUUUUUUAUUUGUCUCAGUGUGAGUCUCUCCCUGUACCCUCCCCCUGGCUCAAUUAUAUUAUUCCCCUACAUUUGGAAGCCAGCUUCAGGAGCUGACGCUUUGAUGUUAUCUGCAAGCGUUUGUGCAGAUCUUAUUUCUGCCCCCUGAAUAUUAAUUCCUGAAGCUGGUGGCGAUAACCUCUUCAGUGCUGGUCCCUGCGAGAGGCAGGUGGGGGGAGCCACCCUCAAAUCAUAAGCAUAAUAAUAAUACAAAGGGGAGGGAUUCUUCUGCGAGCAGGAGACAAGAAGCAAGAGGGAGAAAAAAAGCGAUGAGUUCGCCAAAUAUAUGGAGCACAGGCAGCUCAGUCUACUGGACUCCUGUAUUUUCACAGAAAAUGACCGUGUGGAUUCUGCUCCUGCUGUCUCUCUACCCAGGCUUCACUAGCCAAAAGUCUGAUGAUGACUAUGAAGAUUAUGCUUCUAACAAAACAUGGGUCUUGACUCCAAAAGUUCCUGAGGGUGAUGUCACUGUCAUCUUAAACAACUUGCUGGAAGGAUAUGACAAUAAGCUUCGACCUGAUAUAGGAGUAAAACCAACAUUAAUUCACACAGACAUGUAUGUGAAUAGCAUUGGUCCUGUGAAUGCUAUCAAUAUGGAAUAUACAAUUGAUAUAUUUUUUGCCCAAACAUGGUAUGACAGACGCUUGAAAUUUAACAGCACCAUUAAAGUCCUGCGACUAAAUAGCAAUAUGGUUGGGAAAAUCUGGAUUCCGGACACUUUUUUCAGGAACUCCAAAAAGGCAGAUGCCCAUUGGAUAACCACUCCCAACAGGAUGCUGAGGAUUUGGAAUGAUGGCAGAGUGCUCUACACGCUAAGGUUGACAAUUGAUGCUGAGUGCCAAUUACAGUUGCACAACUUCCCAAUGGAUGAACACUCCUGCCCACUAGAGUUCUCCAGCUAUGGCUACCCGCGUGAAGAAAUUGUCUACCAAUGGAAGCGUAGUUCUGUUGAAGUGGGUGACACGAGAUCUUGGAGGCUCUACCAAUUCUCAUUUGUUGGACUCAGAAACACCACUGAAGUGGUCAAGACGACUUCUGGGGACUAUGUGGUCAUGUCAGUAUACUUUGACCUGAGUAGAAGAAUGGGCUACUUUACCAUCCAAACCUACAUUCCCUGCACGCUGAUUGUGGUCCUGUCUUGGGUGUCUUUCUGGAUCAAUAAGGAUGCUGUUCCAGCCAGAACGUCUUUAGGUAUCACCACUGUCCUAACAAUGACCACCCUCAGUACCAUUGCCCGGAAAUCUCUCCCCAAGGUCUCCUAUGUCACAGCAAUGGAUCUUUUUGUAUCUGUUUGCUUCAUCUUCGUCUUUUCUGCUCUGGUGGAGUAUGGGACCCUGCACUAUUUUGUCAGCAAUCGGAAACCCAGCAAGGACAAAGACAAAAAGAAGAAAAACCCUCUUCUUCGGAUGUUUUCCUUCAAGGCCCCUACCAUUGAUAUCCGUCCAAGAUCAGCAACCAUUCAAAUGAACAAUGCUACACACCUUCAAGAGAGGGAUGAGGAAUAUGGCUAUGAAUGUCUGGAUGGCAAGGACUGUGCCAGUUUCUUCUGCUGCUUUGAAGACUGCCGGACAGGAGCUUGGAGACAUGGGAGGAUACACAUCCGCAUUGCCAAAAUGGACUCGUAUGCGCGGAUCUUCUUCCCCACCGCCUUCUGCUUGUUCAAUCUGGUUUACUGGGUCUCCUAUCUUUACCUGUGAAGAGAUAUGGGUUUUAUUGAUGUGAGUCUUCUUCUCUGAAUCUCAUGGAAAGAAAGUGUGCUUUCUAAGUCCAUUAAAGAUCCCCUAUGUAGUCAAUAAUGAUCUGAGUUUGUUUUUAUGUCAUAACAUCAUAAGUUGUAUAAUGUAUUGUUUGUGCUCAACUCUCCUUUAAUUAGUGUAAUCUGAACUUCAGUGUGUGCUGUGUCUCGAACCUACAAGGCAAAGUAGAAUGAGGGCAAGAACAUUGAAACCAAGCAAGUUAUUUUACAGGUAUAGCAAUUGAUAUAAUGAAAGCUCUAGCUAUUUGUGUAGUAGUGCUAUUGUUACCUGAUUCAUAAUGCAAUUAGAUGCAGACAUCCAAUACUAUAUUAUUUGUUCACUUGGGGUCAAGUUGUGAUAAAGUUGAACAUAAUAGAAUACAUCCAUCAUUCAAGAAAAAUCACAACUCAGUUUAAAUAUAAAAUAGUAUAGAAAUCUAUUAUGCCUUUCUCCCAAGUUAGGAAGAAAAUUUCCUUCACAUCACAUGUACAAUGAUGUAAAUAUUUCAGUAACACAGAAUGCUUCAAGUUUAAUGCAUGCCUCUCCUUAGAACCAAAAUAAAUGGAUUGAAGUUAUUAUAAUGUACUGUCUUUUAUUUUGUGUCUUUGGGUUUUAAAAUAAUUAUAAAUGUAACUACAAAGAUUUGGGUUUUGAACUGGAGGGAGGAAUUUUCAAUGCCUUUUCCCUCAUGCAUGAAGAUUCGGGUUUUUUUUUUUUUUUCUAUGUUUGACAUUUUACAACUUUAAGUAAAAUAUAGGCUAAAUAAUCAACACUUGCCAACUCUAAAUAAGCCCAGUUUCCUAAGUGGAGUAUCAAAUAAUGGUAUGUGCUUGCUGCUAUUUUUUCUUCCUUUUAGGAUGAUAGAUCUUAACAGAACUUAUUUUCCAUCUCAAGAUAUGCUUUUAGUGACUGUGAGUGCCUUGUGGGCAGAAUCUCUGUCAUUUUUCUUAGGGUUCUCAGCACCUUGCACAGUGCCUAGCACACAGUACUCAGUAAGUAGAGUUUGAGUUGAGUUGCUCUUAUAAGCUUCUAGUGAACCUCUCUGUGCUUGCCUUGGAAAGAGGGAUCCACCCAUUUACAGUGGCAUUAGUGAGUGAUGUUUGAUCAUAUAGAAACAACCAGCGGAUCCAAUGAACUGUGGCUAUUUUUUCAUCUUGAAAAAAAUGUUUUAGGCAAAAUCUGUAUUUCUUUUAAAAUAAUAUCUCUGUCCUAUAUUUGUGUACAGAAAUGACUACUGGGGCAUAGAGUUUAUUAUUUUUCCAGGUCGGGUAUGAGUCAGUUCUGACCCUUCCAAAAUUCUGGUUGUGAAUUUAUGACGGGCGCAAGCAAGAUUCAUGCCUGGCUAGUGUUUAGAAUGAAGUAUUCUGUACUUUGAGAAAAUGUACUAAGGACUAAUUCAAAAAUUGAAAGAACAAAUGAAUGGCUUACAUGGAGGCCACUAAGCCUAGGAUAGUGACCUCACUAGACUGUACUGUAAUCAAAUGAAGUGAUUGCCAUAGACUUGAAAUGUGAUGAGUUCAGCCCAAUUUUCAUGUACUAAUCCUGAAUCCUUAUUUUUCUAAAACAGAGUCUUUUGUCAGAUAUUCUUUAUGGCAAUCAUUUCUAUGAGUCAGAACUUAACCAUAGGUAGCAUAACUUUCUAGAUAAUACAAAAAGAAUAGAAAAGAAAGAGUGGCUUUGUUGAUAUAAAACCAUGUAAAGUCAUCAUCAAGUCAUCUGGUUGAAUCUUGAAAUACAUUUAGCUGCCAAUUUUACAAACUUUUAAUGUAUCAGUGCUGUAGUAUUUAACCUCAAAUGUACAUAGAAUGAAUUAUUUUCUUGUUCUAAAUUGUCAAAAUAUUAUGUGUUGACUUUUUGGGAGAGUUGUUGACAAAUUUGACAAAUUGUUGACAAAUGAGAAACUGUUGUUACUGUCAACUUGAAAUGUGUUCUGUAAUGAAGACACUAAAAAAAGCUAGCUUUCCAAUGUGUGCAUAGUAUUGGCAACAUGAUAUCUAUUAUAUAUUCUAAUCCUUAAUUAUCAGCUGCUCCUUGUCUAUGUAUUUGAAAAACAUUUCAGAAAGGAAACUGCCUAAUGUGAACUUUUACAAUAAAAAUUCUACAUUCUCACCCCA